AUGCUGCCAACUUUACUGCCAUUCGUUCUGCUGUUCCUGACCAGUCCAGGUCAUGUUUCUGCCCAGCAAUGCAGGCUCAAGGCUGGGUUUCAGGCUUACCCUACGGGGAAUCCCGCCCAAACUCCCUUUACUGUUUCGAGUUCACCGACUUCCACUGGGACUAGUCCGCAGCCGUCUGCAUCUGCUUCUAGCGCAAAUGCGACUGCGUUCAGCUACGGCACUGACAUCAUCCGCGGUGUCAAUUUAGGCGGCUGGUUUGUUCUUGAGCCAUGGAUUACCCCGAGCAUAUUCGAGAACACUAACAAUACUAACAUCGUGGACGAGUAUACCUUCGGUCAAAUGCAAAGUUCCGAUGUCGCUCUGAGUGCCCUCAAAGCGCAUUGGGAAACUUGGAUAACCGAAGAUGACUUCAAGGACAUCAAAGCCGCCGGACUGAACCACGUCCGGAUCCCACUUGGGUUUUGGUCAGUUCCCAUGACGUCCGCUGACUCGAACUACACGACCUCUGUCUCUCCCUUCAUUUCGGGCGCGUGGCCGUACCUCCUACAAGCCCUAGACUGGGCGAACGAGAAUGGUCUGCAUGUGCUUCUCGACCUGCAUGGGGCCCCUGGCUCCCAGAACGGCUUUGACAACUCCGGGGAGCGGGGAUCGGCGAACUGGGCGAACAACGACACCAAUAUCCCGCGGACGCUCGACGUCAUCCGCUACAUCGCCGGUCAGGUCAGCGAGAAAGUCAACAUCAUUGAGCUGCUCAACGAGCCAGCCGGGUGGGUGUCGAGCAUCGACACGGCGAUUGGGCCAUAUUGGCAGGAUGGGUACAGCACGGUACGCGAGGCGACGGGUACUGGAGUCCAGGUCAUGAUUGGAGACGCCUUCCUUGGUGUUCAGAAUUGGGAGAAUUUCCUCAUGCCUCCGGCGGCCGAGAAUGUUAUUAUGGACUAUCACCAGUACCAGAUUUUCAACUACGACCAGCUGGAGCUUUCUGAAGCGCAACACAUCAAUUAUUCUUGUCAAUUCAUAGAUAGCCUUGUACCGUACGCAAAAUCGAAUCUCAACACAAUUACCGGGGAAUGGUCCACUGCGAUCACUGAUUGCGCGAAGUGGCUGAACGGGCGGAACGUGGGAGCGAGGUGGGAUGGAACGUUUGCGUCCGGAGAGCCUACCUUUGGCAAUUGCACGGGCUGGACGGGCAACAUGUCGACAUUCAGCGACGAUUACAAGACCUUCCUUAGACAAUAUUGGGAAGCACAAGUACAGAUCGGGGAAAGCAUCCAGGGGUGGAUCUAUUGGACAUGGAAGGUGCGUGUGUAG